AUGAACCUUGCUGAAGGGUGCAAAAUGAGUAAUAAGAAACCAUGGGAAGGGCAAAACGAAGUAACAGUUACACUUCAAGAAUUGCGAAAUGCUGUUGAUAACUUUGCUGACACAUUUAAAGCAUCACAACUUCAACAAUUGAUCAGAAGGGAUAUGGUUAAAAUUGCAAAAUCCUUUACCAAAGAACAUGGGAAAACAUUUUUGGAUUCUAAAGGGAUGCUUGUUAAUGAUUACAAAUGGUUGAACAUAGCUUGUAUUACGGCUGGAAUUUGUCCUUUCAAUUUUCUUGCCAUGAUCCCUUUAUGGAUGUUCCCUUUAUCUAUUGCAACCGAAAAUACUAUGAUAAUUAAUCCAUCCGAAAAAGAUUCAGAUGCCACCAUAAUUCUUGCUGAAUUAGUUAAAGAAGCGAGAGUUCCACCAGGUGUUCUUAAUAUUGUUCAUGGACCUAUUAAAUAUCGAAGAUUUCUUAUGCGAUGA